GCAAUCCGAACUAAAUCGGAGGCGGCGGAUGGCGCCCUCGUUGCUCGUCUCGGCGAGCCAGACCCUCGCCGUUGCCGGCCGGGGAGGCCGUAGGCGGCGUCUGGUCAUCGCCAAUUCCGGCGGUGCCGGCGCUCCCCCGAAGCUGGUGACCUUCCUCGGUAAGGGAGGCUCCGGCAAGACCACGGCGGCCACCGUCGCCGCUCAGUAUUAUGCAAGUGAAGGCUUCAAGACAUGCCUGGUUAUACAGUCGCAAGACCCGACUGCAGAGCAACUGAUGGGCUGUAAGAUUGGGGACUCGCUGACUGAAUGUGCCCCUAAUCUUUCGACCAUAAAGCUGGAGACUAGUAAAAUGCUGCUUGAACCACUUGAUCGGUUGAAGAAAGUAGAUGCCCAGAGCAAUCUUACUCAAGGAGUUCUUGAGGGGAUUGUAGGAGAGGAGCUUGGAGUUUUACCUGGAAUGGAUUCGAUCAGUACAGUCUUGUCUCUUCAGAAGCUACUCAACUUCCUUUCAGCUGGAACGAGCAGUCCACAAGGGGAAUUUGAUGUUGUAGUAUAUGACUGCAAUAAUACAGAGGAGUUUCUACGGCUCACUGGUGCUACUGAGAGGGCAAGAUCUUACUUGAAGUAUGUGAGGGAGUUAGCAGAGAAGACUGAUGUAGGAAGACUGGCUUCUCCAUCAUUACUGAAACUAAUUUAUGAUUCCGCGAGACCAAAUGGUAGAACUAGUGAAGGAAAAAUGAGUACAGAGAUAUGGAAUGAAAUCGAACAACUUCUUGAGAAACUCUCGCUUUGGUUUACCGAUCCCUCAAAACUUGCAUGUUUCCUCGUCAUGGACCCUAGAGGAUCAAUCUCUGUGUCCUCUGCGCUAAGAUACUGGGGGUGCACCAUCCAAGCUGGUGCACAGAUAUGUGGAGCAUUUGGUUAUGCUGAAGACCCUUGUGAAACGCACCAAGAAGUUGGUGAGAAGUUUUUGCCGCUGUCUUUCUCGUCUCUUCCGUUUGUGUCAGCUGAUUCUUCUCCAGAUUGGGGUAGUGCACUAAGUUCAUUGAACCAGAACACAAAGGAGCUGUUGAGAAACACAAGCAAGGUUUAUCCUUCAGUUAGUUUUGAUUCUGCACAGAAGUCGGUGACCCUUUUCAUGCCAGGCUUUGAUAAGUCUGAAAUCAAAUUAUAUCAGUAUAGAGGUGGUUCGGAGCUACUGAUUGAAGCCGGCGACCAGAGGCGCAUCAUAAAGCUGCCACGGUCAAUGCAGGGGAAGGUUGGCGGCGCCAAGUUUGUUGACAGGAACCUUGUUGUCAGCAUCCGGUAGGCGACACCGGGCGUUCAGUGAACUCAGAAGCCCGGCUCGGCGAAACCUAACCCGGUAGUGGAUCAAGUAGAGCAUUGUAUACCUUGGUUAGACUGAAUCCUGCUGAACUUGGUUGAUGUCGUCUCUUCAUUUGCCGUGAACAGAAAGGUUUUGUGAAAAUGGCGUUAUGAAAAAAUAGGACAUUCAACAUGAAUGAUAAUUUUCAGAAAGAUCA